ACAUUGAUCGUUGAGAUACAGCUAUGGUCUGCAUUCCCUGCAUCGUCAUUCCCAUUCUCUUGUGGGUGUAUAAGAGGUUCCUUGAACCCAUCAUCUACCCCUUCAUGGGUCCAAUUAUAAGCCGAUUUUGGCCAGCAAAAAAAGCUGUCCAGGAGAGUGUCACAGGAACGGGUGAUAUGAAAGCCAGUGAAAAGAGCAAUGGAUGCCCAGUGAUGAGCAAUGGAGCAUGCAAGACCGAAGUCAAUGGCCUGGUUGCUAAUGGGGCAGGUGCAAAUGGUUCAGCUACUGCAGCCUUUGACAAGAAGACUGACUGACAUUUCACUUCACACCUUAAGUUAUAUUUAUCACUGUGAAAGUGUUUUAAUACAAUAUGGAGAAAAACACUAAGUUAAUCAUUAUUUUAUUUAGUUGAGUAAUGUAGAAUCGUUUAAUGCUUGAUUUAACAUAGCAACACAAUUGACAUUUUCCAUAAUGCUCAUUACAAUUGCUUUGAGAGAUUGCAUUAUAAUUUCAGGAAUUGUCCAUAAUAUAUUUGCAGGAAUAGUGACAUUUUUGUGUUUCACUGUGAGAUUGGCUGUGAUAUUCACCUAUUCAUUCCUCCCACUGGAGCAGCAUCUGUUGUCAAAAUGUGAAAGCUGUUCUGUCUUUGUGGCUGUGUUAUCUAGUGGUUUCCUAGUUGCUAAAAUUCUACACUGUUCACUAAAUUUCAAUGUAUGUCAGAAAACGAGCACUGAAUGGUGUAGGGAAUCAUUGUACGAUCUAAAUCACUGAAUGAUCUUUUCGAUAACAAGAAAUAUUGUCGUUAUCGCUGUUUGAAGCUGGUGGACCAUAACUAUAAAAGUAACUUUUGGUGCUAGUGGACCAAAACCUAUGGUCCAAAGCCACGUCAGAACAUUUUGACAGCAGAUGACUGUCUGGCGGGAGAAAUCAAUAGGCGAAUAACACAAGAUGGGAGGGUAAGUAAUACUAUGGAACACUAUCAUUCCACUAUUAUUGGCAAAUAUAUUAUUGACAUUUUCUGAAAUUACAAUGGAUUUUUUUUUUUUUAUCUUAUGUGUAGCACCUUUAAUAAAUGAAUGGUAUUUCUGCCUUUGGUUUAUCAAGCUUGAAUCCCUGAUGUGUUUAUAACAUAGUUCUGUAUAGUAUUUAGUAUACAUUAUAUACUUCUGAAAUAAAUUAUCAACAAUUUAAAAAUUGA